AUGGCAAUGCUUGCUGAAAGUAAACAAACACAAGCGGGUAGAGAGCGAUUCUCACUUGUAUGGCUUGAUGCCGCAACGAAUAACUCCAAUGAGCAAGUUGAAGCUGAGCAACAACUUCAGUCGAACAUCGAUCACUUGAUUACAUUCACAGAUAUAAGCUCAUGUAAAAAAUACCUUCGAUCAUGUGAUAAAAGCUGUCGAUUAGUGCUGAUUGUUAAUGGAGGAUUCGGCCGAGAACUUGUCCCUAAGAUUCAUGAACUUCAACAGAUCAUAUCAAUUUACGUCUUUUGUUUCGACAAGCAAUUACAUGAAGAAUGGACGAAACAAUUUAAUAAGGUGAAAGGUGUCUUUACUCAACUGACUGAUCUUAUUGCUGCAAUUCAGUCCGAAGGAGAAAGAAGAUCAUUGAGAAUCGACGAACCACUUUCCAUUUCCAUAGAAGGUCGAUCGACAACCGAAAUUAACGGUGGAUUUCUUCAUUCACAACUACUUAUCAAUGCACUUCUCCAUAUGUAUGUGUCAGCAACAGCCGUAGAUGAAAUUAUCGAUUCGUGGAAAAGUCGAUAUCAUGGUAAUAAAAAAGAACUUCAAAUUCUGAAAGAAUAUAAAAAAACAUAUUCUCCUUGCAAAGCACUAUGGUGGUAUACAAGAGAAUCAUUUCUUUAUAAACUUUUGAAUGAAGGUCUUCGAAAACAAGAUAUCGAUACUCUUUUUCUCUUUCGUUUCUUUAUUCAUGAUCUAUGUACUCAACUCGAACAAAAUCGAUGUUUAUCACCUGUAAACGUAUAUCGAGGUCAACUGAUGUCAAAAGACGAACUGAAAGUAUUGAAAGAAUCGACUGGACAAUUGAUUUCUAUGAAUUCAUUUCUUUCAACUAGUCUCGAUCGAAAACAAGCUAUUCAUUUCCUUAAAAAAAAAGAUACUACAGAUCAUAGUCGAAUACUAUUUGAAAUUUACGCUGAUCCUCGUCAUUCGACAACGAAACCAUUUGCUAAUAUUACCACUAUGAGUUAUUUUCCUUCUGAAGGUGAAAUAUUGUUUAUGUUGGGAUCGAUUUUUCGUUUACAUCACGUUCGUGAUGACAAUGAUUUUUGCAUUAUUCAAUUACAUUUGUGUUCCGAUGAUCAUCUUGGUGUUAAAAAUAUCUUUGAACAUAUGAAAAAUCAAAUCGAUGCCCGAGAUGGAUUUUUGUCUUAUGGAAACGUGCUUUUUCAAAUGGGUCAAGUUGAUUAUGCUGAAAAAUAUUACGAACGUGGAUUAAAAGAACUUUCUUCAAAGCAUGCAAAUGUUGUCUAUUAUUAUCAUGGCCUUGGUCUUGUAAAAAAAGAACGUGGAGAUUUCGUGUCUAGUCUUUGUUAUUUUGAAAAAGCACUUGCACUUUACAAGAAAACAGGAAAUCAAAGUUCAGUUGCUAGCAUCUACAACAAUAUUGCGACUAUCCACAGUGCCAAAGGAGAUUAUAAGGAAGCUCGUAAUUCGUACGAUAUGGCAUUAGCAAUUUAUAUUACAGAAAAUGGUCAAAAUCAUGAGGAUGUCGCGAUGUGUUAUAAUAAUAUAGGUGCUAUCUACUAUCAGGAAAAGAAAUAUUUGGAUGCAUUUAAUUUCUAUGAAAAAGCCCUAAACAUAUGGCAACGAACACUUCCUGCUGAUCAUUCUCAACUGGGAGUAUCAUACAGUAAUAUUGGUGCUGUUUGUCUGAAUCUUCAUGAUUAUACGUCUGCAUUGGAAAAUUACAAUCGAGCACUUACGAUUAAAGAAAAGACUCUUGUUCCUCAACAUCAUAGUAUCGCAUCGACACAUCAAAGUAUUGGCCUUGUGCAUGAACAGAACGGUAAUUCGAAACAGGCACUCGUACAUUAUCAAAAAGCAGCAGUGAUCUAUCGUCAUAGCUACCCUGCUGAUCAUCCUAAUGUAAUACAAAUCGAACAACAUAUUCAGCGCAUUACGACAUCAAACGCUGUGAAUGUCGUUCAUUCACAAUGA